UUGUUUAGCGGUUUCACAAAUCGCAACCGAGUUUCCCGCUAAAUAGAACAACUUCUGCCUUCCCCGAAUCGCCAUUUCAGGAACCCAUAGCCGGGAUUCUCCCAUCCCCUCCUCCUCCUCCUCCUCCUCCCUUUGCUUUCGAUCUCUUUCUCCUCUCUCUCGCCUUCCACUUUUAUUCACAUCCCAGGUUUCUGAGGCUACGGCGAGUUGACGAGACGAGAAGCGAUGUUCUGCUGCGGAGGUGUGGAGGAGGAAAACUUUGGCGCGCCUUCCAGUCAAUAUACCGCCCCGCCGAGGGGGAAUACAUAUGGUGGCAGCGAGAGAGGAGAGCACAGGAGUGCCAGUGUUGUCAGAAGUGGAGCUCCCCAGCAAGUAUUGCCUAUUGAAACACCAGUCAUACCACUGGAUGAGUUGAAUAGGUUGACGGGUAACUUCGGUACGAAAUCUUUUAUCGGUGAAGGUUCUUAUGGCCGGGUGUAUUAUGCCACGUUAAAAUGUGGUCAGGCUGCAGCAAUCAAGAAAUUGGAUACUAGUUCCUCACCAGAGCCUGACACUGAUUUUGCAGCUCAGCUAUCUACUGUUUCUAGACUUAAGCAGGAGAACUUUUUGGAGUUAAUUGGGUAUUGUUUAGAGGCGAAUAAUCGAAUCUUGGUAUAUCAGUUUGCACAAAUGGGUUCUUUGCACGAUAUAUUACACGGACGAAAAGGAGUACAAGGGGCUGAGCCUGGUCCAGUUCUUACUUGGAAUCAGAGAGUCAAAAUUGCAUUUGGUGCAGCAAAAGGUCUUGAAUAUCUACAUGAGAAGGUUCAGCCUUCCAUAGUUCAUCGUGAUAUCCGGUCGAGCAAUGUUCUUCUCUUUGACGACUUCCUUGCAAAGAUUGCUGAUUUCAACUUGACGAAUCAAUCGUCCGACACAGCAGCACGACUUCAUUCAACUAGAGUCUUAGGAACGUUUGGAUACCAUGCUCCAGAGUAUGCUAUGACAGGACAAAUUACUCAGAAGAGUGAUGUUUAUAGUUUUGGCGUAGUUCUUCUUGAACUUUUGACGGGGCGAAAGCCGGUAGAUCACACAAUGCCUAAGGGACAACAGAGUCUUGUUACUUGGGCAACACCAAGAUUAAGUGAGGACAAGGUGAAACAGUGUGUAGAUCCUAAGCUAAACAACGAUUACCCACCAAAGGCUAUAGCAAAGUUGGCAGCAGUUGCAGCGCUGUGUGUUCAGUACGAGGCUGACUUUAGGCCAAACAUGACAAUUGUUGUUAAGGCUCUCCAGCCACUUCUCAAUUCUUCUAAACCACCAGGAGCUGAAUCUCAACCUCCACCUCGUCCAUGAGAUUAUACACAUUUUGGUUAACAUACAACCGAGCAUGAGUAGGCACACGCUCGAGCACAGCAAUCUCUCCUGUAAUUUGUAAUCUUAUUCCAUUAUUCUACAGUUAAAUGCAUCAACAAAAGGAAAUUAUAAAGAUGCACAAAUCUUGCUCAUCUAGUCAUCACCAUCAUUUUUCACCCACAUUCAACUUAGGAACUUGAUCUGAUUCAGGAUUUCAUGAAUUAGUAUGUACUGUAUCAAUCUUGUUGGAUGGAAAUGUAAGCAACCAACAAGGAUCGGAGAAUGUCAAACUUGAUCAUUUGAAACUA